CACGGGGGGAGUGAGGGAGAGAACGGAGGGAAAGAAGGAAGGAAGAGGGAUAGCCCCCGAAAGGCAAUUUGCAAGGGGAGUUCCGGAAAAGACGUCCGACCGGCGAGAUCUCGGGUGCGAAUUCACGGGAAAUCGGAAGAGAGAGACGCACAAGCCGGGCCGGGAUUAAAAACUCCCCCCCCCUCGAUUCAUUCUCCUCCUCCUGCCUUUCUCCAUCCUCUCUUCCAGAGCCACCACAUCCUGGACGGUCAACUAAGCAGCCUCAAUCCGUCCUUGCUGGUCGACCUGGUCUGGUCGUUGUGCGUCUUGCAGCAAGCGGAAGCCGUCCACUUCCAGAGCGUUUUGGUGCCCAGGUUUUAUUCCGGGUUCUUCGGAAACUGGACGCCAGCACGGCAGAACGCCUGGCUGAAACUGAUGCACAUCAACACCACGGCCCAGCUGGAGUCUCCGGGUUACGCCGGCCCCUUCCUCCCGUCGGACAAGCUGAGCCUCCAGGACUUGGGGGUCACCCGGACCCCCACUUCCCUCCAGACCGACGUCAACGCCGUCCUCACCAAGCUGGCCGGCGAGGAGGCGAAGCUCCGCUUCAACGUGGACACGCCCUACGGCUGGAAGCUCGACGCCGAGAUGGUGCUGGACUCCGAAAACAAUCCGCUCCCGGUGGCCGAGCUUGAGGCUUCCUCGGUGGGCCAGCCGUCCGUGGAGGCGGGGGGGAGAAGGCUUGCUUUUCUCCUCUGGGAGUUCCCCAAUUUCAGCAGCCGGAGUAAAGAUCUCCUGGGCCGCUUCGUGAUGGCCCGACGGCACAUCCAAACCGCUGGCUAUGUGGUGGUCGAGGUCCCUUACCACGAGUGGUUCAACCUGAACACGGACUGGAAGAAAACCCAAUACCUCAAAGACAAGAUCCAGAAAUCCGUAGCCAGAGAUUUGGCGGAAUAGGAACUCGGCUCGCCGGGACGUUUUUCUUCGAAAGGGACCCGAUGGAUUGGGAUGCCGGGAGGGGCGGGGGGGGGGGAACUUUCC